AUGAAGUGUUCACUCAAUUCAAGUCAAUCCCAACUCUGCCUCCAGAGACACAUCAAUCACGUGUCGCUCGCUCUCCACUCAACGCAACCCUUUCCCACACGAACCACACAUUCGGUGCCAAUACUUCACUCCCUUUCCCUCCACUCGAAUAAGAGACGGUUGUCUUCUAUGGCAAAGUCUGACAACUCUUUGCGAGCGCUGUAUUUGGACGCGCAGUCGACCACACCAUUGGAUCCACGAGUGUUGGACGCAAUGAUGCCAUACAUGGUGUCGAUGUACGGAAACCCACACUCGAGGACCCAUUCCUAUGGCUGGGAGUCAGAGAAGGCCACAGAAGAGGCGCGUCAGAGUGUGGCCGACAUUAUCGGCGCCGACCCUAAAGAGAUAAUCUUCACGUCCGGCGCCACCGAAUCCAAUAACAUAGCACUGAAGGGAUGCGCGAAGUUUUACAAAGACAAGAGGGAUCACAUCAUCACCACUCAGACCGAACACAAGUGUGUCCUCGACUCGUGUCGGUAUCUCGAGAACGAAGGCUUUCGCGUCACUUACUUACCCGUUCAGAGCACCGGUAUUAUCGAUAUGAAUGUCUUGCGAGAAGCCAUUAACGACAGGACAGUAUUGGUGUCCAUAAUGACUGUCAAUAACGAGAUUGGAGUGAAACAACCGAUUAAAGAGAUCGGAGGGUUGUGUCGAUCAAAGGGUGUCUUCUUUCAUACGGACGCCGCACAAGCCGUCGGGAAAAUCCCUCUCAAUGUUAAUGAUAUGAACAUUGAUUUAAUGUCAAUAAGUGGUCAUAAGAUCUAUGGACCCAAAGUCAUCCGAAAUGGAGAUCCAAACCAUUCAUAUCCGGGUUGUGUUAACCUAUCGUUCGCUUACGUCGAAGGGGAGAGCCUUUUGAUGGCAUUGAAAGACGUGGCGCUCUCAUCGGGCAGUGCCUGCACUUCCGCCUCGUUAGAGCCCUCCUAUGUCUUGAGAGCCAUCGGUUCCGAUGAAGACUUAGCCCACUCUUCCAUUCGCUUUGGAAUCGGAAGGUUCACCACAAUAGAAGAGGUCGACUAUACGGUCGAGAAGUGCAUACAUCACGUCAAGAGGUUGAGGGCUAUGAGUCCGCUCUGGGAGAUGGUUGAGGAGGGCAUCGAUAUUAAGACCAUUAAAUGGAGUCAACAUUAA